GAGAGAGAUAUACCUAAAACAGGAUGAUAUAGCUACAACUGAAAGCUCCUAACUUACUGAACUAAACAAUUUGCAAAUACCUGCUGAGAAGGGAUGUCUCAUCUUUUUUUCCUGCUUCUUGUGGUUGGAGCUAUCUCUGCUCAAGAAUCUGGAGACUUUUCUUCAGGUGAAUCUCCAGAUGACUUUAUUAGUGAUGAAGAACCAACCAUCUAUGAUAAUGACCAUGAAACACCUGAUGAGUUAGACAAUGAUUCUCCUAAUGACUGCCACAUGGAGAACUACCACAAUGUAACAGUGGAAUUUGAUGAAGAAGUGGCAGAUGCUAAAGUGUGUCCUGGAAAAGCUGACUGCUCUUAUCGUUAUUUUAUAUCGGCAAGAUCAUUCUACCAAGCUCGGAGAGCUUGUCGUUGUAGACGUGGGCAAAUGUCAUCUAUUCACAGACAAAGUACUAAUUCGUUGCUGGCUAGAACGGCAAGACGGGCUAACAGGCGUACUACGUUUGCAUGGAUAGGUGCGAGGAAAGGCUGGUGGAAAUGUAGUUAUUACUUUGUGGAUGGAACUCGAUUUGACUAUACUAACUGGGCAUGUGGAUACCCUAAGGCCAAUGGAAGAUGGUGCAUUGCAAUAAAUGUUAGAACUGGUAAAUGGGUCUCUCUAAGAUGUCAUACUCGUCUACCCUUUUUCUGUACCAUCUAAGCAUUUGGAUGAAUUGCAGAUGUGUUUAUUUCACAAUGACAAAUUCGCUACACAUAACUUUGAUGAUUAUCUAAACAAUAAAGCAUAUUGAAAAAUUA